AUGUUCUUCCACGACAACGAAGAGGUCAAGUUAUCAUGUCUUCUCGAAACCAUGUUCCCACCAGGUGAAGUAGAGGAGCUGUUUACCCUCAUUCACGAACCGGAAGACCCGGCCAGCCCAGGUUCCGGUUCACAAGGAUCGAACCGGGCGGUUUACUCGACGCACGAGAGAAAGCUAAGGCGAAUGAAGUCAAACCGGGAGUCAGCCAGGCGGUCCCGCUGGAGAAAGAAGAGGCAUUUAGAUAACCUCACGAACCAAGUGAACCGGUUCAGAACAGAAAACCAAGAACUGAAAAACCGGCUAUGCUUGACCGUGCACCACCAUUUCCUACUAUCCGUGGAAAAUGAACGUCUACGAUCCGAAUCCAUGACCCUUCGGUCCAAACUUUCGGAUCUUUAUCGGAUUUUAGGCACCAUGCUUUCACAAUAG